CACCCUUCCUUGAACACGUGUCUGGGAUCCUUGAUGACUGCAGAGAAUAACAGCAUCCCUACUGGGUGUCUUCAUGUUUGAUAUUCGCCGCUCUUUUGGGCUAGUCACAUCAUUUGCUCUCCCAUCCUUCGCACCCUUUUGUGUCAAAUCCGGCUUAACGCGGCGCCCUCCGCAAAAAGCUUAUCUGGAUCUGAAUCCAGCACUAGGGCUAUUUCUGCAUGCAAGACGUAAAGGUGGUGGCUGAUCUCUCGUGGACAGCUUUUCCACGACAUCUCCCAAACUCAGAUACCUACUUACCACUCCCACCUCGAAGCAUAGGACGACGUACCCCAGCAUUCACAAUAGAAUAGCCGACACGUUACAGCAUGUCUACAGAUUCUGAAUCGGCACGCCGGACGGCAGAGGCCCGCGCUGCAGUGACUGCCUCACUUGCGUCUGUCGGUGGCUCGGUCGACGCUGAAAUGAGGACACGGGCCGCGGAUCUCCACUCGAACUCAGAGGCCAUAGCCAAGCAAGAGAAGGAGCUCACGAAGCAGACGGCUGCCUUGGCCAAGCAAAGCGCCCAGUGGCAGAAGCUGGCUGACACGAGUACGAAGAAACUCAACGAGAUCGGGGACAUCCAGAACUGGGCCGAGAUGAUCGAGCGAGAUCUUCUGGUGCUGGAGGAGACACUGCGGCUGGUCGAAGGAAAGGCUGCACCUGAUUCUGCUAGUGGCACGGGAGGCUGGGCUGGAGAUUUUUGAAUGGCUUUAGCGCGACGACAGGCUGUCUUGUUUAAGAUCGUAUUACCUCGCUAUGAUUGCAUCUAACAGCCCUACUUUACAACGCUAAUAUUAGCGCCGUGCGUUUCUUUAAUGUUCGGUAUCUGAUAAUUCGCAUCUGCCUC